AUGAGGAAGGUUAAUGAGGGGAGCAGGUGGCGCCAGGGGUUUGAGCAGCCUCCAUCGCUGGAGGCUUUGAAGAGCAGAGUGGAAGAAGCCUUGAGAAACAUGGGCUUGACUGGCAGGGAAAAGCAGAGUGCCAGGAAUGCUCACGCUGCCUUGCUUCGUCCAUCCCUUGUAGGUGCCCUGCCAGCUGUAGGAGCAGAGCAGGAGGAAGAGGCUGAAUUGCCCUGCGAUUGCAAGGAUCAAGACAGACAGCUGCAGCUGGAGCUUCCUGGUGCUCCUGAAAGUCUGCCCGUGGCAGAAGCCCCACCUGAAGCUACUAAGAGCCAGUGCAGCGACAUUGAGAAAGACACAGAGCGCUUGCGAAAGGAAUUGGAGACGGUUAAAGCUGAGGAUCAAGACAGACAGCUGCAGCUGGAGCUUCCUGGUGCUCCUGAAAGUCUGCCCGUGGCAGAAGCCCCACCUGAAGCUACUAAGAGCCAGUGCAGUGACAUUGAGAAAGACGCAGAGCGCUUGCGAAAGGAAUUGGAGACGGUUAAAGCUGAGCUCAAAGAACUUUCACAGCAUCUGGAGAUGGAGUCUGAAAAAGGCAGGCAGCGGGAAGCACAAAUUUGCGACCUGCGAGAAGCACUGUCUGCUCUGCGUGUGUCUCAUGAAGAACUGCAGAAGAGCAAUGGCCAGCUGCAAAAAGCGGUGGCAUACCUCAAAGGUCUUCUGAAGACUUACAAUACACAGGCAACCUCUCUGGGCUCGCAAGAUCUGAUGAGAUUCCCUCCUUGUGCUUCGCUGAGAAAGAACCUAACGCACAGAAGCAGAGGUGCUAACUCUGAAGAGGAGGAUGUUAGGGAAAAGACACCACAAAAGCAUACUUUUCCAGAUGAGUCCAUUCAGGCAAGACUGGAAAGUUACAAGCACUACUAUCUGGAGGAAGUAAACCUCAGAAGAUGCCUAGAAAAGGACCUCCAAAUAGCUCGUCAGAGACUAACCGAAGCCAACGCUAAGCUCUACUGGAAGCACCACUGAAGCCUGCGUGGCUAAGGUCAGCAUUCAUAAAUGUUAUUCUCAACCCCUCUUAAAGAGUAUCUGUGAGCAAGCUUAUGCUUCUGAGCCUCAAGUUAGAAUUCCUUUGUUUUUC